UAUUCAUUUGUUACAUAACUUGUAAUAUUUACUUGUAUUUCCAUCUCUUCCCAUCCUCAGGUUGUGUGCUGUGUGUCUAUGCUGCUGGGCCUGACAAUGGCCAAAGGGGAGGCAGGGGAGAAGGAGAGGUGUGAGGACACACUGACCAUUCCUUCAGACUACUACAAGACUCCUUCAGAGGAAUCAGAGGGAAACGGGAACAUCAACACACGCUCCCUGUCCCCCUGGACCUGGAAACCCAUUACAGUGAAGAACCGUAUUCCUCCGACCAUUUGGGAGGCCAAGUGCAGUUCUAUGUACUGUGUCUACCCCACCAACAGCAGCCAGGCCGUGGGCUACCAGCAGAACUCUGUACCUAUCUACCAGCAGGUCAUGGUGCUCCAUAUCUCAGCCACUAGGAAGUGCUACAACGUCGCCUUCCUGUCCGUGGCCGUGGGGUGCACCUGUGCCUGGGCAAGAACCUCUUGAUGUUGUCUGCAGAACAGUAUAUCUAUGGUCUUUCUUUGUUUGGCUAUUAAUUUAAUUCAAUCAAAAUGUUAUUUAAUGUAUUUUCAUUUAAAGCUUCCAAGGAAGUCCAAUAUUUGUUGAUCCCACAAAGCCAGAAGAAUUGACUGUGAAUAAUUGAGUAGAAUUCAAGAAAAACAUAUUUAUAAAUGUUUUCCACUUGAGCAAUAAAAGCAUUUUAA